UUGAUAAAAAAUAAGUAAACUUUAUGAUUUUAGUUGUCCAAAAUAGUUAUAAAAUAAUCCUCCCUUACUACGUCCAUGGAUUUAUUACGUGUGUUAGUAUAAGGUCACGUGCGGAUGAUAAGUUUUGUUUGUGACUUUGUGACAACGAUAAUAUCUUUCUCAAUAGAUUAUUUAAUUUUUUGAUUUUUUCUUGUAUGUUUUACAAUUUAGUAAACUAUUGUGAGUUCGAAAAAAUAAUUUAAGUCAUGGAAAGGAACAUUGAAAAAGCAAUGGACGAUGUAUGCAGCAGCGAAGGUGUGACAGGUGUUAUCUUAACAGAUUACGCUGGAUUAUGUUUAGGAGUAAAAGGCAAUGCAAUAACUGAUAGUGCCGGAAUUGUAGCAGCAAUUGCCGAUAAAGUCUCAAAAUUGGAACCAAAUUCAACGGCACCUAUUGUUUCGUUACAAAGUGAAAACAGCUGACAUAAAUGAAAUCGAAUCUGAGGAUGAUAUCGAGUGCGACAGUGAAGAAGAUGUGGAGGAAAUUGAAUCAGAUGUAAAUAAUGAAGCAUAAGAUUCUAUUUUAUACAAUUAAAAAAUUUAUGCUAUUAAUUGAUAAGUUCAUAUUAUCAGGAAAGUAUAAUAUAAAACUUAUAAUUUAAGGUUAAGUGUGCAUAAUUAUAUUAUUAUUACAGUCUUUCGUAGAAAAUUUAUUAUAAACAUUGAGGUAAAUAUUAUUUGGCGAAAUAAAAAUUAGUAUUUAAUAAUUAAGUAAAUUAAUUUAGUAAAUUUACUUCAAAAAGUUAACAUUGUAUGUAUAAAUUUACCGAAUACAAAACACUAUUGUAGAGUGAAAUUAAUAAAUCACAUAUGACACUCCUUAUAUUCUCAAAAUCACUAUUAACUGUAUUUCUUAAUUGUUUAAUAAUUUGUUUAAUUUUAAUGAGAUAGAGCUUAAAAAGACAUAUAAAAUGAUAGGUCGCAAAAAAUUUUCAAUUAUUUGUUCAUGAGAAAAUUAAUUUAAACAGAUAAAAAUUGCAAUUUCUUAAUUGUUUAAUAAUUUGUUUAAUUUUAAUGAGAUGACUUUUAAACUGACAGAAAGUAUUGCCCUUGAUACCUUUAAAGAGUGUAUCAAAUUUGAGCCCAAUGGGAUAAAUAGUUUUUAAAUAAAUCCAUUUGUUUACUAAAAACAAUGUUUCUUUUUAUGUAUGAAAAAUGAAGGAAACUCAAAAAAUCACAUUUUUCAAAAUAUCGUUUCACUUGCGAAGAUGAGAUCUAUCCUUUACAUAUACACACUAAAUGAUUUUUCUUGUUUAUUUGCAUAAAAAUAGUUGCAGAAAAGAGGUAAUAUUUCCCACUAUAAACAAUUAAGCGUAUCUCAGCCAAUUUUUGUUUCAUAAUAUCGGGAAAAAAAGUAAUUUAAUUAAACAUAUUU